GCAUGUGCUUUGCCAAAACAGUGUCUCCCUUUUUGCAAUGUCUGCAUACAUUAUUAGAAUAGAUUGAAGUACACAAAAGCAUGUAUUAUUAACAGCAUCAUUUCUUUUUUCUGAAUUUUAGAAUUUUUACAACAUAAAUUUGAUAUAUGAUAUACAUAUAUCUUAAAAAAUAUACAUAUUUUAAUAAUUAUUUUUCUUAACGUACUUUCAAAGAAUAUCAUACAAAAUGAAACAAAUUCUUUGCGGCAAAAUAGGAGACAGGAUUGUGCUGAUUUCGAAGACAUCACGAUAUCCUGUACCUCUAUUUAAUACAAAAAAUUUAACAUCAGGUAGAAUGAAUAAAACUUGUCGACCAUUAUUAGCAUCACCACAUAUACGUUACUUUGGAAAUCCCAAUCGUGCAUAUGCAAUGUUUAUUGGAAGAAUUUUAAAAGGAGCACUGAAAGUUCGAUAUCUUUUAUUGGGUGGAGCAGUUGGUAGUGGAGUAACUUUGCAAAAGAAAUAUGAACAAUGGAAAGAAGUUAUGCCAGACAUGAGCUGGUUAGAUGAUAUAUUUCCUAAUGAACAAAAGUGGAAAGAUAUUCGCGAAUCUCUUAUGGUUGUUAAAAACAUUUUCCCAGAAAAGAUAGAAUUUGAUCCACGUAUAAAACAACUUGGGGAAGCUAAAUAUAGGGAAUACAAAGAAUGGUUUAAUCAAAGACUGGAUGAUGCUAUCAAGGCAGCUGAAGUUAACCAAACUCAAGCAGGUCUGGAUAUUUCCUCUAAUCGUAUAUUUGACGCAAUCUCAUCAAUAAUAUAUCAACUUUAUUCAGAAACAAAGCAACAAGUGGUGAAUAAUACUGUAGCAUUUGCACGACCAUUAGCCGAUGAUACUAUCGAAGAGGAACGUAAGAAAGCUCAAAAGUCACAAGAACGAUUGAGUGCUAUGCAAGAGGAAGUAAUGCAAAUACAAUCCAAAUAUCAACGUGAAUUAGAACGAUUAGAGAGAGAAAAUAAAGAACUUCGAAAGCAAAUGCUUCUACGUGGUAAUCAAAAAAUGAGCAACAAGAAAAUAAAAAAAUCUUUAAUUGAUAUGUAUAGUGAUGUCCUAGAUGAACUCAGUGAUUAUGAUAGUGCCUAUUCAACAGCUGAUCAUUUACCAAGAGUGGUAGUAGUUGGUGAUCAAAGUUCUGGUAAAACAUCUGUGUUAGAAAUGAUUGCCCAAGCAAGAAUAUUUCCCAGAGGAGGUGGUGAAAUGAUGACAAGAGCACCUGUCAAAGUCACUUUAAGUGAAGGACCAUAUCAUAUAGCUCAAUUUAAAGAUAGUUCAAGAGAAUUUGACCUGACCAAAGAGUCAGAAUUAGCUGAAUUAAGACGUGAAGUAGAAUUACGUAUGAAAAAUAGUGUUAAAAACGGUAAAACUGUUAGCCAGGAUGUAAUUUCAAUGACAGUAAAAGGACCAGGUCUUCAACGCAUGGUCCUUGUUGAUCUGCCUGGUAUAAUUAGUACAGUUACAGUUGACAUGGCAGAAGAUACACGUGAGGCUAUUCGACAAAUGACUCAACAAUAUAUGAGCAAUCCUAAUGCUAUCAUUCUUUGUAUCCAAGAUGGCUCUGUGGAUGCUGAAAGGAGCAAUGUAACAGAUCUUGUUGCUCAAAUGGAUCCUAGUGGCAAAAGAACUAUUUUUGUUUUAACUAAGGUAGAUUUAGCAGAAGAAAAUUUAGCCAAUCCUGAACGUGUUCGCAAAAUAUUAUCUGGCAAGUUAUUUCCUAUGAAAGCAUUAGGUUAUUUUGCUGUUGUUACUGGUCGAGGUAGACAAGAUGAUACUAUACAAACAAUCAAAGAUUAUGAAGAAAAAUUCUUUAGAAAUUCUAAACUUUUCAAAGAUGGUUUAGUAAUGUCCGGUCAAGUUACGACGAGAAACUUGAGUCUCGCAGUUGCAGAAUGCUUUUGGAAAAUGGUUCGUGAAACUGUAGAACAACAAGCAGAUGCAUUUAAAGCUACUAGAUUUAAUCUUGAAACGGAAUGGAAAAAUAAUUUCCCAAGAUUAAGAGAAUUGGAUAGAGAUGAACUUUUCGAAAAAGCAAGAGGAGAAAUUUUAGAUGAAAUUGUAAAUCUGUCUCAAGUUUCGCCUAGACAUUGGGAAGAAGUACUAAUGGUCAGAAUUUGGGACAAAGUUAGCAUGCACGUAUUUGAAAACAUUUAUUUACCCGCGGCUCAAAGUGGAAGUCCAAGCACAUUUAAUACUACUGUUGAUAUAAAACUUCGUCAAUGGGCUGAACAACAAUUGCCAGCUCGAAGUGUCGAAAGCGGUUGGGAAUGUUUACAACAGGAAUUUCAACAUUUUAUGAACCAAGCAAAACUCAGUCCUGAUCAUGAUGAUAUUUUUGAUAAUUUAAAAAAUGCAGUAGUCAGUGAAGCUAUGAGACGACAUUUUUGGGAAGAAAAAGCAUCUGAAAUGUUACGAGUUAUUCAACUAAAUACUUUAGAGGAUAGAAGUGUAAAUGAUAAACGUGAUUGGGAUCAAGCAGUCCGUUUUCUAGAAACUUCGGUUAAAGAGAAAUUGCAAGCUACAGAACAAAUUUUACGAGAUAUGCUAGGUCCAGGUCGCAAGGAACGAUGGCUGUACUGGCAAAAUCAAAGUGAAGAACAACAGAAACGUGUAGCAGUGAAGAAUGAAUUAGAUAAAAUUCUCUAUGCAGAUAAAAAACACACUCCUACUCUGACUCAAGAUGAACUCACAACCAUUAGAAAAAACGUGCAACGAAAUGGUUUAGAAAUCGAUAAUGAAUUUAUUCGAGAAACAUGGCAUCCGGUGUACAGAAGAUUUUUCUUACAACAAAGUUUAGCUAGAGCAUAUGAUUGCAAAAAGGGAUAUUAUCUUUAUCAUACUGGUCAUGAAAGUGAAAUGGAAUGCAAUGAUGUUGUUUUAUUUUGGAGAAUUCAACAAAUGCUCAAAGUUACUGCUAAUGCACUUCGACAACAAAUCAUGAAUCGAGAAGCUCGUAGAUUAGAUAAAGAAAUAAAAGAGGUAUUAGAAGAUUACAGUCAAGAUAGCGAAAUAAAACAAAAAUUAUUGACUGGUAGACGUGUCACAUUAGCUGAGGAAUUAAAACGUGUCAGACAAAUUCAAGAAAAAUUAGAGGAAUUCAUCCAAGCAUUAAAUAAAGAAAAAUGAAGAAAUUUAUAAUCUAGAAAUCUAAACUCAUGAUACUGUGGUAUGUAAUAAGUGAUAAUGAGCCCUGGUGGCUGUAAAGCGCGAAUGCUUAGAUAUUAAUUUAUUUUUUCGUUAAUUAAGCGACAAUGUAGAAGACUACUAGUCAGAUUUUAUGAGAUAUGGAACUGUUAUAUAUUUAAAAGAAGUGAUUUGAUACAUGAAAUUAUAGUUCGAUUAUUAUCAUGAAAAUUAUAAUCGAUUACAUGAUCGUGAUUUUAAUCACUAUAUUUUUAUUUCGUUCACUAAAUUUUGUUCACAAAUAUUUUUGUCCAAACACAAAUGCAAAAUAUUGUUAGCUGCCAUUAAUUAAUUGAGCGAGAAAAUUUAAAAAUUAUUGCUUCAAAAUAUUGAAUGGGAUAUACAUGACACAUGGAGUGUAGAUAUUCCUAAUAUAAUUAUAGAAAAAUAAUUUUCAUUGCAUUUUGUAUAUAUAUUUCAUUUUUACAUACAGAACGAAUGAAACGAACAUACGUUUUGUAUGGAUAGGUAAAGAACGAAAUAAAGAAAUUAAAACUAAAUUUUUGGUGUCCACAAACAUUAUUUUAAGUAGAAGUAGUGACAAUUUCUUUUUUUUUUUUUCUUCCUUCAUUUUUAAGAUAUGUUUUACUUAAAUUAAUAUCGACCGAAAAUAUUUAAUGAUAAAUUCACAAAUAUUUUUUUAAUAUAUAUAUCUUUUUUGUAAUGUAAGUUUUAUGAGUGCUUUUUCUCUGAAAAAGAUCAUUAAAAUAUUCAAUAGAAUAAUUUUUUAAGUACUUAUAGAAUUGAAAAUGUGCAUUUGUACAAAAGUAACUAGAGAUUAUUAAAAUACAUGUUCUAUGCCUAAUUUUUGUUCUCAUGAGUACAAUGUGUUUCACGUCGAGAUUUAUCUCUAUUUUUCGUUAAUUAAUAAUAAUAGAGAUUAUAAUGCUGAUUUUAAAUAUAUCACAAAGUUAUAAAUAACACGGUAGAAACAUAUUAAAAAUAUUAUUUUCUUUUUUAAUUGACGAUGUAAAUUGCUAGGUCAAUCGGAAAACUACUUUGCGUCAUUCUAAAUUGAUUUUUUUUUAAAAAUCUAGAAUAUUAGAUUCAAGAUAAAAUAUACCCUAUUCUCUGGUCCGAAUGUCUGAUAAAGUAUUCAAGUUUGUGACGCUUCUUUAUGCUAAAGUAUAAUUUUCUCACGAAAAUCCACAAGAUUAUAUUAUGAAAACACUUAUAAAAUUCUUUUAUUAUUAGGAAAAAUUUGUUCUAAAUUAAAUUAUCGUUUUACCAAUCAUCUUUUACGAUGAUUAAUUAUGUUGCUUUUAACUAUGCAAAUACAUCAACGACACAAUUUCAAUAAAUUUAUAUUUUUCAUUUCUGCCUGUCAUCAAUAUUAAUAUCAUAUAUACUUGAGUACUUCAUUUCAUCAAAAAACAUGAGCUACCAUAUUAUAUUUUUCAGCUAUCGCAGUCGAUAUAAAAUUAAAUAAUCAUAUACAUACAUUUGGCAGGAAUGUUUUUCUCCUCAUUAUUUACGGUACAUUGAUUCAGAGUUAGGCAGGAUUCUAUCCAUUAAGCAAUAU